GUAGUUGGAUUCAGUUUAUCGCGACUUGACGAUCUUUAUCAAAAUCUGUUUAAAAAUGAAAUUUUUGAUUGCAUUUGUUAUUUGUGUUGUUUGCACCAUGCAAGCACAAGCUGAUCAGAACGCUAUCGUCUUAGAACAAAAUUCUGUCGUCAAUCCCGAUGGAACUUACAGUUAUGUAUGGAGAACAUCAAAUGGAAUUAACGCUGAAGAAAGUGGAAUUGGAGGUGUAAGUGCUCAAGGCUCAUACGAUUUCGUCAGUGAUGACGGCGUUCCAGUUUCAAUCCAAUACACAGCUGAUGAAAAUGGAUAUCGAGCAACAGGAGAUGCCAUCCCACAACCACCUGCAAUCCCUGAAUACAUUCUUAGAGCUCUCGAGUACAUCAACAACAAUCCACCAAGUUCCAAAUAGUUUCAAUUAGUCAAUCAAUUUUAUUUAACUCUUCUGUUUCCCUUCCUGCCCACCCAUACCUGUCCUUGUCUUAAUUGUAUCCUAAUCCAUAAAUUCAUAAGUUUAAGUUAAAGAAUGCGAAACAGAAAACAAAAAGGAAAAUGAAAAUAAAUGAUAACGCUUUUGUUAU